GGACGUUAGGGUUUUGCUAUAUUUGGAGAGGGAGAUAGAGCAACAGAGACGCCGCUUCCUCUAGAGUUUUUGAAGGCUUGAGGAAAAUGAAGACUAUACUCUCCUCUGAGACUAUGGACAUACCCGAUGGGGUUAAGAUCAAGAUCAAUGCCAAGGUCAUAGAAGUGGAGGGUCCUCGAGGUAAGCUCACCCGCAACUUCAAGCAUUUGAACCUCGAUUUCCAUCUCAUCAAGGACGAGGCUACCGGAAAACGCAAGCUCAAGAUAGAAGCUUGGUUUGGUUCCAGGAAGACCAGCGCCGCCAUUCGCACUGCCCUCAGUCAUGUUGAGAAUCUCAUCACCGGUGUCACCAAGGGCUAUCGCUACAAGAUGCGAUUUGUCUAUGCUCACUUCCCCAUCAACGCCUCCAUUACUAACUCAAACAAUGCCAUUGAGAUUCGCAACUUCCUUGGCGAGAAAAGGGUCAGGAAAGUUGAUAUGCUUGAAGGUGUAACUGUUGUUCGUUCUGAUAAGGUUAAGGAUGAACUUAUAUUAGAUGGCAAUGACAUUGAACUAGUGUCUCGAUCGGCUGCCUUGAUAAACCAGAAAUGCCAUGUUAAGAACAAAGAUAUCAGGAAGUUCCUUGAUGGUAUCUAUGUCAGUGAGAAAGGGACUGUUGUUGAAGAAGACUGAGGAGACUAGAUUUUGUUUGUUUAUGUUUUCUUUGUUUAUUUUCCCUGGUUAUUGUGAUAUCUUUUUGUUUUAUGUUAUUAUUUCAAAAAUUUUCUAUCAUAGAACGUUGGAUAUCUAUGAUUUUGGGUUAGUUUAGUUGGAACUGAUACACCUUACAUUCUAAUCGUUUUGUUGUUGGUGUCGAGUGAGAAUUUUUACAGAAAACUUUUAUGCA